AUGAUAUAUGUUGCUGCUUUCUACAAUAGAUAUGCAAAAGAAGUAGGGUUUAGUAUUAGAAGUCAUUCUAGUGCGAGCAGCAAAGAUAAGAAACAACUUACAAGGAAGGAGUAUGUCUGUUAUAAGCAAGGAGAUUCCAAAGUUGAAGGAGAAAAGCAUAAGAGAGGAUUACCAAAAGUGGGUUGUAAAGCAAGAAUUGCAGUUGUGAGAAAGAAGGAGUCUGGAAGAUAUGCAAUCUCUGUAUUUGUUGAGGCUCACAACCAUCCAUUAACAAGCCCACCUAGAGUACAUUUGUUGAGAUCUCACCGUCGUGUUUCAGAAGUUAACACAGUUCUAUCACAGCAACUAAGCUUGGUGAAUGUGGAGAAACAUCAACAGUUUGAAUUCUUUGGUGUUCAGGCAGGUGGCAUUCAAAAUAUUGGUUUUAUACAGCGUGAUCUAUAUAAUUAUGGUAGAACUUGUCGUGAAGAGAAAAAGAGGUGUGAUGGAGAUCUACUGUACAUGCAUUUUGAGAAUGAGAAAGAAAAAGAUUCUUCUUUUGUCUAUAUAAUGGAUGGAGACGAGGAAAACAGAGUAACACGGUGCUUUUGGGCUGACUCAAUUUCAAGACGAGCUUAUAGCUUUUAUGGAGAUGUAGUUAUCUUUGAUACUACAUACAACACAAAUCGGUAUGGAAUGAUUUUUGCACCAUUCACUGGUGUUAACAAUCAUGGGCAGGCAAUCAUCUUUGCUUGUGCAUUCUUGAAUGAUGAGACAGCCGAUACUUUUGUUUGGUUAUUCAAGGAAUUUCUGAAUGCUAUGCCAGGAGAUGCACCAAAAAAUGCCCCCAAGAUGAUCAUUACCGACCAAGAUCCUGCUAUGACUAAUGCCAUUUCAGAAGCACUCUCACAAACAUUUCAUAGAUAUUGCAGUUGGCACAUUCUUAAUAAAUUUUCUGAGAAGCUAGAUGCGAUUAAAUAUCGAGAUUCCUACCAAGACUUUCAUAGCUGCAUAUGGAAUUCAAGUAGUAGAGAGGAGUUUGACUCAGGAUGGAUUGAAAUUAUUGAGAAGAGUGGGUUGAGUGAUAACAAGUGGCUGGAGUCGAUAUACGAAUUUCGUUCAUCAUGGAUACCAGCAUAUGUCAUCAUGUUUUCUCAGCUGGAAUGUCAAGUAGUCAAAGAGCAGAGAGUCAACAUUCUUUCUUCAAGAAUUAUGUUUCUAAGUGGAAUUCAUUGGUGGAAUUUAAGAGGGGACUUCUUCACCAACGACAUUAUGAGUUAG